AGGUGGGAGCUGCAGCUGCAGGUCGAAGGCGACGAAACUUCACUUCACUUCCCUUCUCCGGUCCACUGGAGCGUCUUCAGUGCAACCAGCGAGGACAGCGAGGAGGUCAGGUCAGCUGGCAUCCGAAAAGACGGAGCAGUACCCACGGGUACAGACAAACCCGGACUCUGGCAGCUUCCCCGAGCACAUUUUUUCACGGAAAUGUUUCACCUGAAGUUUUCAUACGCUCGGUGAAAAGUUUGGAGUUGAGGUAGGAAGAAGAACAAGCGAGGGGACGCUUCCAAUGGAGAGAGGCUGAACUAACCCGGACCAGAAACUUCUACAAGGUAUUUACUUUUCUACGUCGCAUUUUAAAUUUUAACAAAAAAAAAAAAGAAAAAAAGUUUGAGCACUGUUUUGGUAUAAAUCCCUCUUCACAAAGCGUUUUCAUAUUUUCUCAAAAUAUAGUGAAUGUAAACUCAUAAAUAAAGUAAAACUUUUAUUAACAUAACACCAGAAGUUUAACAAAAGUGGUACAAAAAGUUUGAGGUGAAGACAAGUUAUUUGAGAAGUCCACCAACUUUCCUGUUAGUGUGAAACAGUAUAUCAAGAUCAAACCUGAAAAUGCUUGAACUUGACUAAAAGCAGGGUUCUCAGGUGUAAUCAGAUAGAGUGAGGUGUUAUUGGAUGGCAUCAGAUCCAGGCUGAGUACAGACAUGUAGGAAAAACUAGGUGUGGGAGAUUUGCUUAGCUCGGCCUUGAGGGCUCCUCAGUACAGGUAAUUUAAGACCUGUAGUGCUUCUCCCAGCUAUGGGGCUGUUCACAAUGAACACUAUUGUGUUGUCACUGUCCCUGCAGCUAAUGACUGCUUGACAGCAUGGGCGCUGUGCUUAAUCCAUGCGUGUGCAGUCCAUCAUGCUCCUCUAUAGAUCAUCUGUUUGCUGAUUAACCUGGUGCAGAUAACAGGACCACCUCAGGACCUCUUAGUAGGGAGGGUGUCCCCCUCUCUCUGUUUGUCUGCCAGGACUUUGGACUGGGAGCCAGCUGGAAAAUCCAAACUUUUCAGGGUCAAUGUCCACUGUGUUUUUCAGCUUGAUACCUUAGAUUUUACCUCUAGUACCCUUUGCUAGGUGAGGCCGAGACAGAGCCAUUUGUUUAGAAAGGGUGUGUCACAUACUGGUGCUCCUUCCUCGCCAGCGUGCCAGGGCUUGUACCCAUGGAGAUUACAGGUGUGUUAUGUAAGCAAGAGAGGUACAGCAGCGUCUGAUGGAUACCUGAGAGGUCCAGGAGAAGAUCAGAGAAGAGACAGGAUGAUAACACAAGGGCAAAGAGAAAGAUGAGGAAGAAGUCUGGAUAAGGAAAAAAAUAUUGGAAUCACAGUCAAGUAGGAUCGUGUGUUUGAGCCGUCAGUGAUGAGGAUGCAGUUUAGUGAAGGAGAGAGGAAAAUUGCAGGUGAAGAAUGGAGGAAAGGAGGGACAAAAGGUGAUGGAAGAGACAAAGACAGAUAAUUGUGAUCAUUAUGAUCAGUCGAGAGAGAAAGAGAGAGCUGCCUGAUGAGAGGGGCACAGUGUGCUGUUAAUCAAAGGGAUUAGCUGAUGGUUUGUUCAUUGAUGAGCCUCAUCAACGCGUCUUUAAGAUCUGAUCAAUAGCUGUUAAAGGCAUAAUGGAGUUCAUGUCUGCAAACUUGAUUUCUGUUCAGAAAGUUUCUGUACUCCCUGAAAGUUCACAUGGUCUAAACUGAGGACUCGUUUUCAUUCCCCUGCCUUCUCAUGUGGCUGUCAAACCCAGUGGGUUUCAGAUUUUAAAGGAUUUCCAAGCAGCUACAGAGUUUUUGUUUUGGCUGAGACGGAGAUGUUCAGAUGCCAGGAUGUAUUUUUAAAACACAGCAUCCAGCUGUGUUUGCCUUCGCUAAGAGCUGGUCGCUGCACAACACUUUCUUUUUUCAUUCCUGGCUGACCUGUCAGUUCAGAGGUCUGAAGAGACUGCAGUCCACACUGAGACCCUUGGUAACCCCUGGAAGCAAAGCAAACAACACUCUGACUUUACAGAGCCGUGUGACUGUCUCUGCUGACUGCAGUCUCUGACUUACUGCCACACAGACAGCAGUUCAAAUUCUGUUACUGUUUCCUGUCCUUUUUUAAGACUGUACAGAUGUAACAAUUACUAUUGUAGAAAUAGACAUCAUUGCAAUGAGACUUAUUUAGAAUUAAAGUAGACCAAUCACAUAUAAUUAUACUUCAAUCAGGACUGGAGCCAAAAAAGGUGUCUAUUAAUUGUGUAGCCAACAGGAAAGUAAAGGUGCUAUAAAGAGUUUUUCACUGAUUUUGAAAUAGUCUCACUCUUGUAUGGAGGCCUCAUCAUGACCCACGGAUUUAAAUGAGCGAAUCGAUGGCUAUUAAACUGAAUUCUUGUGCCUGUGUGUAUGUUUUGGCCAAAUUUAAUGAAAAAAGUCAAUUUAAUACUCCACAUUCACUCGGAACUGGCUAUUUCUAGGAGUAAGUUUUCAAGCUGAAGAGUUUUUCAUCUUGAGGUUAAAGUCUUUUCAGAUUAUGUUUUGAUGAACCUGUACUGGUGAACUAUUAUUUUGACCAGGGCACUGGGGGAACAUGGCGGCACAAGGACUUUGACAGUUAAUGUUAUGCUGGUAUGUUUGGACAUAUUUUGUAAGCUAACAGUAAGAGUUUGCUAAAUUUUGUGAUUGUUACAAAACAGUUGAUAAUUUAAAGAAGGUACGGAUCAAUACAGGACUUCAUCACUCCACAUCAUCAGUUCUUCCUUUCAUUUGCUUCCACGACAAAUACACACGAUGAUAAGAGCCACACAAAUGCAGUCUCUUUAUUUUGGAAAAAUGCUACUGAUUGUGAGACCCUCACAGUGCCUUAAGUUUGCAGCUGUGUUGUUAAGAGAUAGUUUACCUUUUUGCUCAUUUUAAAGGAAAAAAAAAUCCAAAUAUGAUCUUUUCUCCGUUUCAGAAAUUUUAGGGUUGUCUUUUUGUCAUAAAAAUGAACAACAAAAAAGAAUUCAAAGUGUGGAUGGCAGCUGCCUAAGUAAGCUGCGCCAUCAGAGAUAUUCUAAAUGUAUUAAUUUACAUAACAUUUUACUUUCAUUUUAUGGUCACUGGUCAAACACUUGUGUGCACACUAGCAGUAGCAUGUAGCAAUCAAUUAUGUGAAGAUCACAUGUUAAAAUGUUAUCUGAAAAUGACUCUCAUGCACCAUUCAUUAUCCCUUAUUCAUGACUCCGUCUCAUAGGUCACUGUAGUCUGAUAUGAGAGAGGGAGGGCGGCCGGGCGAAGAGGUGAAAGAGAGAACAAGAGGAGGGGAUAAGAAGUGGAGGAAGGUGGGGGUCGUUGUAGGGGGUGAAAGCAGAUUUGAAGUGAAGAGUUCCUCUGUCGGUAAUUAUGAAUCUCUCAGGAAUGCGGCGGCUGCUCUUACCAGGCAAGCCGCUGCACGGCCUCAUCAGCCCCGCAGCACGCCAUCCUGUAUUACAGCGUCCAUGGACACGCAUACACACACUUGCAGCGACUUUAACCUUGGCAAGUUCAGCUACGUAGCGUUCUAGUGAAUUUUGUGACAUUAUUGUCUCACAGUGUUAUUGUUUAUUUUUAUCGCUGACUUUACCUACAUGGUCGUUUUCUGAAACUGAAUCCAUCCCGCAGCAAACUUAGAGACCACAGAAUGUCAGUGAAGCAUUGUUUUCAGUCCAAGUCCUGUGCCACUCUGUACUUAUCCUGACAUCCUGCCAUCGAACCAAAUGUUAGGAAUUCUUGUGGCCAUCCUUGACCCCCAGUUGCUCAAAGUGUAAUUUCUACAAGCUAUUUGGGUUGAUUAUUCUUACUUUUUAUAAUCCUCUCUGUCAUGCAAGAACACAUCUGCUACAAGACGGGAAACAUCUUUAUUUAAUACGGGAACAUUUUCACCAAUGCCACCCUCAAAGCAGUUUCAUCAUUUCACAGACUGUCUCUGUUUUCAGACUCCCUCAAGUCUUUCCACUUUGUCUGUUGGUGGCUUCAUCAUUCAUCUCAGAAAAUGUUGUCUUGUACGUAAAGUGUUUGCACAUGAGGGCAGAGUGUUGUAGCCCAGACAUGGUUGCUUAAGUCUUGAGUAGCAAUGCUCUCUUUGUUUGAUAAAACACAGAGAAGACAGCCAACGCCCAGAUUGAUGCCUGCAGGUGCCGUGCAGUAACACCAGUUUCAUAGUCCUAGACACUUACAAUGUAGUCCCUUUAAGUAUGGUUUAAAAACUGUUAUUGGAAAACUGGCUUUUACUGUGAAGCCUGAUAAGGUGAACUCAUCAGGGAAACUAGAAAAAAUGCAAAACAUCCUAAAAAAUAGAGUAAUAUUAACUAUGUUUGUUAUGAUUACUAUCUAGUCUAAACACUCUAAGCACGACUUUACCCUUGCUCACUGACAGAUAAGUCCUACCAUGUGAAACCCAGCAGCUGAACGGGCUCCUGCCAACACAGAUCCAGUCCUAAUUCAAACAAAGGUGGCGGCCUGUAUCACUGACACUCCCUCAUGACUUUGCCUGAUCCCACAUGAGACACGGGAAGUCUGCUCCGUCAGCUUCCCUGUGUGACUCAACAAAGUCAAAGUUACAGUUCCUGGAGAACACCCCCCCCUUCCCGCCUUCCACCUCUCUUCUGCCUCAACCAUCCACAUCCACAUUCUUCAUACUUAUCAGAGUUGAUAAGGGUGGGAGUGCAUUGGUGCAUGAAACCAGUGUUGUGAGUUCAACAAAGGUUUUGUAACUCAUGGAGGGUCAUGGCAUUGUUUUUGUUUGGUAACAAACUCUGAAUUUGGAUAACUUAACCUUAACCUACACAGGUUUGCUUCUUCACAGCUAUGAGAAAGGUAAAUAAAAAAGUUAACCUUUUCAACCACACCAGAGUCAGUAGUACUCAAUUCACCAGCUGUGAGGUCUGGUACAAGACUGAUUCUUCAGUGUGAGAAAGUGUCCACGAUCAAAGGAAGUUAUCUUCAAGUCAGCAUGUGCAUGAUCUUGAAGAAUAAACCCCAUUUUAAAGGCAUGAUGUGAAAGAUAAAUACUGAAGGUUACUAGUUAAUUCCUCUUUGGCAUCCAUCUGUUAAGGGUGUGUACAUGCAUAAGUCUCCUGAACUUACAGUAGUUUUCAAAUAGAACAAAAACUGGCUUUACCUCUUUUCUUCAAGUUCUCAAAGAAAAGUACUCUAGAGCUCAGUUAAGAUGGAUUUCUUUGUUUUAUUUACGGAUUUAGUUCGGAUUUUGACAGCAAUCUGUGCUACUGUGUUUUGCUGGAGGCAAGGCAGGUGUCAGUGCUCUGCUGUGCUUUCACUGUGUAGACCCGCCCGUAGACAGGAGACCCAAGUUUGCUCUGGAAUUUAUGCACCCAGGCCUCGGGACACAUAGCUGUCAAAGGUACACAAUUCAUAAAUGUCAUUUCCACAUUUUCUGAAUUUUACAGUCAAUUCCAUGACAGCAUGUAAACUACAGUCAGAGGCGGUUAACUUCACACAGAGGCAUACAGAUGGUCACCAGUGUUAGAUAAUCAGUCGGCAGUGCAGUUAUUGACACACUACACUGAGGUUUGCUGUGUGUGAGUGGUGUCUUCGCUCCAGUGUGAGAGCCGGUGUGGUGUCUUUUGUACAGGAUAAGUAAACAGCAUGUUGGAACACAUGCUUGCUCCGGCAAGACUGGGGCUGGGCUGGAAAAAAAAAACCCACAGCCGGUUUAGUGUGUACAAGUGAAGAGACCAAUGAGCGAGUUUUGUGUUUGUAAAUCAGCUCAGGGCACAUGACUUGAUCAUAGUCUUUGAGAAAAUAGGAUACACCCGGAUGUGGUGUUGUGUAGGACAUGCUUGCUGAUGUUAGGAGCUAAGUGUGUUCUUCAGAUCAAAACCGAAAUUUUAAAGUUAUUUGGCUGUAGUUUUUUCCAUCAGUAUAAUAAAAUUGUAGGUGUUUGUAAAGUUAAGUGGCAGUGGAGACAAUAGAGCAGCUUUGUUUAUGAGAUGUUGGCAUUUAUGCUUUUACUUUAAAGAGAUACUAAGAACCUGAAGCUUGCGUAAGAGACACUUUCCUAUAAACAUAAUAAUGUGAUAUUUUGUUAUCCAGCAGCCAAAUUGUGCUAAACUGAACAUGAAAAAACAGAUAGAUCUCCAGAGUGAUGAUGCCUUUAAGGACAAUCCACUGUGUGCGUCAUUCUAUCACAUUUGUUUGCAAAACUGAAAAUUGCAGGUUGUUAUGUGUAACCACAGCAAAAGAAGCAUGAGUCAACUGCUUGUUACUGGGCUGCAGAGACAGCGGUCUGCUGGGUGGUCCCACACUGUGUCCCAGAGUUCUUAGUGUUUCUCGUGUCCGUCUGUGGAGGAAAUAUCGUAAGGACUUUAUGCACUCUCAGAGGCACGUGGGCCAUAAAUGAAUGAACCAGCCUCCUUUUUUUCUGACUGAGGCUCCUGAUUGUUGGUGGCUGUGGGUUGUACAGAUGCACUCAUCUUAGUCAUGACCAAAUGACUGUAAUUUAAAGCAGCACAAACACAGGGCUUAGUGAAGGGAGGGGCCUGGUACUUUUUCUCCUGAGGAGAUGGAUGCUCGUUUUGGUGAUUGGCCUUUCACUGCAACUCACUUUGUUCCAGUCACACAGGACCACCACAAUUGCAAGAGGAGGUGUAAAAGUGGUGAAAUUAGGAAAGCAUAUUACCCCAAAACAUCAUCAUAUUAAAAAGAAUUUAAAAGCACCUUAAGUGUAAAAAGGUACCAAUUUUAAGCCUCUUGAACAGCUCUCAUUACCCGCAAAGUCAUAAGAGUUAGUUUGAGUCUUUAUUUGAGCCGCAUGAAGUCAUGACAUUUGCCCAGAGGGUGUGGCCAGGUCGGGUCACUUUCACUUAAAACUGGCUUGAUUUUAUUUGUCCAAUACUUUGGUUUAUGACCAAAUACCAUAAGACUGUAUAUACUACGGACAACUUUGUUCCACCUCCCGCCAGUAUACGGAUUUGAAGCCAAAUAGCUCUCAGUAUUAACGCAUUUUCUCUCCAUUUCCUGAAACCAACUUGCGCAGUAGUAUUGUACGCAUUCGGCGGGAGAGUCGCGAGAGUUGCUGUGAUGACGCUCGGCUCAAACAGCGUAUCCCCCGGGUGACCUACACAAUCCCUGAACGCCAAUAAGCUGUAUUAGGUGUCAAUCAUAGAAAACUUGAACCCCCUAAUAACUUUUAAAAAUGGAGCUUCACAGAAAAAAGAGGACUUUAGCACAAACCAGUCUUAAAGUAACUACAUGUCAACAUCACAACCAGGGGGGAGAAACAUUUAUGUUCUGUGUAAAAAAAUGUAUAAAGUUUGUCCACUGCCCCAUAAGCUUUGCUGGCGGAGGCGCGAUUUAUGACCUAUACCGCAGCCCAUCAACAGAGGGUGCUGUUCUCAGAGUGGCUUCACCCAGCAAGGAAGCAGACGCUGUCCAUUCUUUAUACAGUCUAUGCCAAAUACCCCAAAAACCAAAACUAGCCUGAGCUAAACUUGAUGCUCUACAUAUUUACUUAUUUACUUGACUUAGAAUACCUAAAAAAAAUGUCUGCUAACAUCAGCAUUUAUUUAUUAGAUUUGUGUUUAUGAUAACAUGUUGCCCGUAUCAUGUAGCACUGCUUUGGCCAAGUAUGACAAUGGAAAUAUGAAGUAAAAUUUACACAUUUCCAACCUCGGUAACAAAAGCUAGAGGUAAUGGAGUUUCCUGAAAGUCCAAGUCAUGGUGGAGCUGUUGUAUUGGGUUGCAUUAGAUGACACUGGCGUCCAUACCUUUAUAGCUGACUAGUGUGGAAAGGGUCAGUUCACUUAAAAAAGUCAACAUUAUCUUGAGGUUUAGAUUUUGUCCAUGUAAAAGAGUGACAUGUAGCAUGACCUCACAAACAGUCAUCUGUUCGUGAACCCCCUUUUUAAAGCUGAAAGAGGGUAUUAUGCAUUUUUUUCAGACUCCAAACUUCCUGAAAUGAUUUCCAGAUCAAUAAAAGACCUUUGUUUCUCACUCUGGUGUAUUGAAAUACCACUAUUUUAGCCUCCGUCUGAAACGCUUUGUUGUAGCUGCUCUCUUUCAGGCCCCCCACCUCCACAAGCCAACGUUCUUCUGAUUGGCCAUCUCUCCAGAAGCUUUCUAAUGCUGUCAUGCCCAUACACUAAUAUGAAGAUCAUGUUUUAGGCUAAAUUUUAGAUAUUUUGGCUCUUUGAGGCUGAGAUCACACGGUGUAGCUCUGCCAUAUUUAUCACCAUAGUUGGAUGCAAAAUGAGCAAACUGCUUGGAACUGUGAAACUUAAUGUGUGUGUUUGUGCUCGAAUAUAAUCUGCUGAUUUGAUUUGUGUAUUGGAUCUCGAGACAGAACAGAUAAUGGAGGCAAGUGAUGUGCAAUUCUAGCGAAUCCAUUCCUAGUGAAUCCAGUCAGUAGAUAUGACUUUAUGACCAGUAUGUAGGACAUCUGGUCUUGAAAACUGCACAUGCUUGGAAGUUUCUGUGUGAUUCAUCCAAAGUAGAGUCUUCUUAUCUAUCAUCAUCCCCUCCCUGUAUUACACAAAGCUCUUACGAUAAAGAUUCCUUUAUCAAAGUUAUUUUGUCAUUUUUUAAUGUGUAAAUGGGCAGUCAUUGUCUUUGCUUUCAUUACAAAGAUGUUAAGUUGAGCACAAUCUGUCUUUGGUGUUCUUCGUGCAUGACACAGGUAUGAAGCAGGAGCCUACAACUUUUCAGAAACUUUCUCGGCAAGAAAUCCUCCAGGGAUUCAUACUUCUCUCACUCUGACUCUGCUCCCACCUUCCUCCAGUCCUGGAGCGCUUGUUUUCAGCUCUGACGCCUGUCAACUUAAAAGGCUGUUCCUACUUUUAGCCAGUGAUUUGGAGAUAAAAAUCUAAUAAAGUACACAGCUGGAAGAAGCCCAGUGUAAACUACAAAUCCCCAAGAGCAAAGCUGGGAAAACCGCCUCAAAGAAGAGGAGUUCAGAAAGGUGAAGGGGUGGAGGAAGGAAGGAGGCCGGGCGAAGACGAUGAGCUCAUUCAGCUAAGAUUGAAAAAACGAUGAGGGCAGACAGUGAAAUGUAACACGGGAUGACAGAAGAGACACUUAAGUGAUAAAUGAAUGGUUUCUGCUCGUUAAAAAUGUCGUGAUGCACUUUGGCAUCUGUUUAUUUUUCUAUUCUUUAGCUCUUCCUAGUGCGCUGUUGUUCCUCUGUGUAAAAGUGCCUGAGCCUUCGGGUGCGGCUUUGUGAAUUAUGACUCCAUGUUAUGGAAUGAGGGGAGCGGUGCCAGUUCUUUCUGUGCAGAACAGUGAAGUUUAGAGACAGGAGGGGGUCGCUGUGGGCUGAGUGUGUGGGUUGAAUGAGCAGAACCCGCACACAAACUGAUGCACACACACACACAAACUGAGUUGUGAAUGAGACAAUGAGCACGUGUCUGGUGCUGAUUAUGCUCGCGCUGCAACCGGACUGCUGUUUUUCACUCAUUAAACUCUUCCAAAGCAAACUUGAGAUAUGAUUUUGCAUUUAAACUUGAUUCAAAACUUUAUAACAAAAAUUUUGCUAGAUUAGAACAACCUGCCAAAACUUGAAACCUGUUUGGUAAAGUCAAUCAUAUUAAUCCAUGAGGUGCAUUUAAGGAACAAUGAAUAUCUAGAACACCAAUGGCAGAAGAGCUUUACAGUAAUGAGCUUUAUUUGGGCUUGGUUAAAGUGAACUUCUUUUACAAAGAUCCUUGAAGCAGCCUCAGCCUUUUACUACAUGAAACUCCCUCCCCUUCUACAACCAUCCUGUCUAAUAAAGGCUGAAAUAACCCCAAAUUAACUUAAAUAUAAAUUGAUAAAAGAGAAUCAGACCUUGAAGGCAGACAGUGAUCAGAUACAGUACUUUUUCUGAGAAUUUGGCAGCUGUGUAGGUCUGAAAGGGUUUUUGGCUACAGUGAAUUCUCAAAUAUCUGAUGUUGUGAUUUCCAGGGGGAGAAAACAAGGUUAGUUUUCACAACAUCCUGUCCUCUGAUGUACAAAUGACAAGAACACUCACAGCUUAUUAGAAUAAAAUCAACUUUUUGCUUCAUUUUUCUUAGUCAAGUUCCCCCCAAAGCUUUAGUCAUGUGGCUAUAAGUUGGAAAAUUUAUCUGGUCUGGUCCCUUAAUUAUUAUCUCUUCUUGACGGUCUUUUAUUAUGUCUCAGAUUGAAAUCUUGCUUUCUGUCUUUCUUUCUCUUUCAGGCUGUAGCGCCAGUGUGAGGUGCCAUGUCAAACCGUGACUCCCUGGGGUUUGGAGACCUCAUCCCCCAGGAUGUGGUAGAUAUUUUGGCCCAGGAGAAGCACUCCAACAAGGGCAGGAAGAAGCGCAGCCACUCGCUGGGUCGUGCUCUUGGCUGGCUGAAGGGUAAGAAGAGGAAAGAUGCGGGCGCUAAGGGGCACAGUCUGGGCCUGGGUCCUGCACUCGACCUUGCUUUAGAUGGGCACCCUGCUGGGCACAAGGGAGGCCAGAAGUCAGGUAAAUAUCUUGUCAUGAGAGCCAGUAUGAUUCUCCAAUAUCCUCUUUAGUCUGUUUUUAUAAUCACAUUUCCAUCAGCAGCUGUUCUGUGGUGUAGGUGACAGAUCACAACAUGUUACAUCAUAUACAAUUAUCUGAAGUAAACCCUGAGAUUUAGUUCUCACUGAGACUGAGCUUGUAGAGACUUGAAACCUGUUUGGGGUUAAUAACAGUGAGCUUUUUCUCACCAAACUUUUUAUGACUUUUGCAACUUUAUCACAACAUUUGAUGGAGGUGCAGCCAAGCUGUUGCUCAACCCUGAGUUUCAAACAUUACAAACCAAAUUAGUAUUUUAUUUCUCUUUACAGCAUCUGUAUCUGCUCCUUUAAUAUAGUCAUAUGCAACUGACAGUAAAUCUAGUUGCAUAUCAUUCAGAUAUCUCCAACUGCACUACUAAUUAAUUGCAUUAUCCUAUUUCUAGAUGGUCAUUCAUUUCUGACUUUCAUUUUUUAGUUGUUUGCCUCUCGUCUUGGAUAUGUUUAUUUGUUUAACCUGUGUUUGACGAGGUUAGUCCCACUGAGAUUAAAAAGUGUAUUUUCAACAAGACCUGACAAAGACAGCAACAGAAACACAAAGUUGUAGACGUGAACACACAGAAAUAGCCACAGUAGAUACUAUUUACAUGACAACUAUAAUGUGUUUUUAGUUUUUGUUUUUUGGUUGAAAAUUGAAGGCAUCUUCUUGGCUCAGCCUCAUGGUAGAUAUAAUCCAACUUAAAAAAAAUUGUUUGUCUUAAAUGUGCAUUGUGUAGAAUUUGGUGGCAGAGUAGACUAAACAGAAAGAGGAGAUAGUAUUUCUAACUAUGUGGGUCCCCUCCACGGAGACUAUUUUGCACUGCCAUAUUUCUAUGGUAGCAAAGGAUGGACAAAUAAGUGUGUUUGGCUACACAAAGUGUACUGGUUGGAAGACAAUGAAGAAAAGAGGAAAGUGGUUGUUGUGUAGAAAUGCAUCACAGGGGUUCAUUGUCCUCAAAGACAGGAGGGGUGAGCGAGGGGGUGUUUCAGUCUAGAAUCAGUCUGCCUGAUGCCCUAUUUCCACACACUGUACUUUUAACAAUAAUUACUCAUAACAACAAUCCUUUGUAACACACAGGUAAUAGGCUUCAAAAUCUGUGAUGCUUUGAUACCUUCAACACAACCAAACUGUCUCAUUCUCAGUUAUUUUAUGUUUGAUUGUAGCGUGUCAGCGCCAAAGCUUUAGAAAAAUAAAACUGAUAAAACUUUUCAAAGGCACUUUUACAGCUUGUUAUAAGUUUGGGUUGUUAUGACAUCUUUAAAUGAACCACCACAGAUGCCCUGCUUGUAUCUGUAGUACCAUAUAAUUUAUGAGAUUUGGAAAUAAACAUAAUUCAACUCUUAUGAAUCUCAUCUGUUUGUAAAUGUAGUUUGAUUAACUUUUUGUCCUGAGAGAAGGGUCCCUAAAACCGUCUAAAGUAAGAAAAUAUUGCACAAUAGUUAGACAGAUAGUGUCUGUGUUUAAUAUUGUUCAUUAACAAAACAAAUUAUUAUCAACUGAAGACAUUUAUGUUCAGUUUAGUUUAGUAACACAACAUCUGAGAUAAGUUUGGAGAAGUUCCUGAGAGUCAGUGGAAAAUGUUUCUCCUGGACUCAAAGACCUGUGUGUUUGUUCACUGCAGGGAUGUUUGAAUAGACCGACUUCCUACUCAACUUCUGACCCUCAGCCCUCUCUGUUUGCUCUGACAGAAAUCUGUAUGUCCUGCUCUGUGAUGCCAUCACAGCCUUCAGGUGCAGAUCCACGCAGGACAUGCAGUUAGCAUCAGGCAUUUUUUUAUUUCACUUUAGAGCUGCUAUACAUAUUCAUGAUCUAUAACUUCCACAUUGUGACAACAUUAAAGCAGACUAUUGUCACCAAAUCUAGUGUUUUCCCAGAGCUCAGGGGUCUUGUUGUGGCUUGCAUACUUGUACUCACAUGACAGCAUGCUAAUUUAGUGAACACAGUGUUUUACUUAGUGUGAACUCUGAGGCACUAACAAAAAGUUUUCCCUCUUCAUCAGUCACAGCCUGAUGCUGUGAGAUUUGAAACACAAAGGCAUCAGAUAAGCAAAACACACAGUUAGUGUGUUACAUGCAGUGCUUGUGCAGUUUUGGCUACUUGCUUUCCAGACACAGGAGGCCCCGCCUUCUUCUUGUGCUUUUACUUCUUUCAAUGGGCUGGUGGGGUGGAGGUUGGGGGGAUUUCCACACAGUUUCAACUAAUCCAAUCUGAACUAGUGGAACAGUGCCAAAAACAGGACAUAAAUAUGUAAAAGCACAUUUUCAGACAUCUGUCGUUGUGCUUACACAAUGUACAUGCACAGACAAGCACUCAGCAAUCACAAGGAUAUGCCUAUAGACGGCAUUACACAAUCUAUGCUCUGCAUUGUGUCACUUGUGUUUAGUGACGACAGCAGUGUUGAGAGAUUUGUGAGAGAAAGUGAGCAGGGAUAAGAUUUUUAUUUUUCCUCUACCAAGGUCAGCUGAAAAACUUCCUCCUACUUUUAGCCCAGACCAGAAUUUCUUUUCCUUCACUUUUUAACAAAUGUACUGAUGAAAAAUAACCCCAAAAUAGUUGGUGCGAAACUUAAAACAUUGUAACGAAGGCAGCCUUGACUAAGUCUCAUUUGCCUUAGAUUAUAGAAUUAUAUCACGAAUAGGCUUCAGCUUUGGACCAUUUAGUGUGCCUGAUGCAGCAGCUAUUAGCAUGAGCUGCUGUGCAGAGUAUGAAGGUGUUGUGUUUGUGGCAUCCAGAGUGUUGGUGCUGGCAACACUCCUCUUCACCUCUUUCUCUGAUCAGAGAAGAAGCUCAGCUUUUCCCUCUAAAAAAAAAAAAGGUUUUAUUUGAUGUGGAAAACAUGCUAACAGACUUGUCCAGGAAAACGUUGUCUGUCCAGCGGAGUUCCUGAUGAUGAUGAUGAUGAUGAUGAUGAUGUGUGUUGAUGCCAGAGGGGCCUCCUGCACACUAAAUGCCUGGUAUGACAGGCACAGUGCCAGUUCAUUAAAAACCAUGCCAGGACAGUUACAGUGAGGGAGGAACAAGGGGUUCUGUUUUUCCUGACCCCUCCGCUCACACUGUUCUUCCUCCCAUUGAAACACAGAGACCCAUACAGUACCAUACGGAAUAUGUGUUUUUAUGAGACCACAUUAAAAAGCUGGUAUUAGACCCCAAGGCUUUUUUUUUGGACUCAUAAAUCACCACAGGUUUGAUCUCUGAUUUUAACAAACAAAAUUUAAAAGAUAAAGAUACUAAACUGGCACAGCUAAUCCAUUAGUCAGUGGAUCAAUAAGCUGCUUUAAACUGCUGUGGAUCCUUUUGUUGAUUUUGAUAUCACUCAUCAGCUCUUUUUUAAAAAUAUUUGCUUUGAAAAUGUGAAAGAAAAAAAAAUCUGUUUCCUUGGCAGUUUUCUGAAACCCAGUCCUCACAGCAGUAACAUAUAGUUUACCUCAAAAAACAAGCAAAUGAAUGUUAUCUGGGCAUUAGGAGAUAAAUCAUGAUUAAAAUACACAGCCUCUAGAUUUGACUUCUAUCAUCAAUAUCAAACAAGAUUCUUUGUCAUUAAUAUUUUUCCUGAUGUUAGAUUCAGUUAAACACUUAAAUAUACCACCAUCCAAAAUAGACAUUAAAAAAACAACUGAAAGCUGCUAUGAGGUGUUUUUUUAAGGGUUAUAAAACAGACUGAAACUAUAGAGAAAUUAUCUCUAUCAUGUACAAAAGGAAAUAAGACUACUAAUAACAAGAUGACAAUGACUAUAUCCUGACUUUAACACCUGUAACUGCUGUGAGAGGGGAGGUAUGAAUAAUGGUCUUUCAUACCUUCCUCAUAGUAAAUUUUCACACAGUGCGAGAAAAAUUGCACUAUAAGAUAUCAGAGGGGGUUUUUGUUGUCAAUUAUUAGCACUUUCACAAGAACAACAUGAGAGUAUCAGCAAUAUAAGGAUUCCCUCUUUGUCCACAAGAAGUGCUUGAAUCAACACAGACAUAAAGUUCCUCACAGGAGUUUUAAGUUCCAAUUUUAUUUAUCUAAAAAUCCAAAUGUAUCUUUCUUUAAGUUACAAAGUGACAAAUCACAGCUAAUCACUCACAUUUCUGCAUAUCUGUUUUGUGUAAAGAUUUAAAUCUGGGUUCUUGUAAAGUUCCUAAUCUAAUCUAAGUUAUUUUACUUGCUAAUCCUGAGGAAGCGUAUUUAAGUAAACACAGCCGUGGAGUUCGACCACAGAGGGAACAGCACAGCAGCAGGUUAAGGAGAGACAAACUGGAGCCCUCCACCUUUGAGUGUGUGCUAAAUCCAUUAACCCUGCAUUGUCUCCUCUGAUUACCUGGACAGUGUUUCAUCCUGAGUCACACAUCUGUGGAUAUCUGUCGUCACAUGUUCGCUCACCUCCAUUUGUCUAAUUCCUAACACGGCUAAUGUCCAUCUCAGCAUACCUGUGUGACAGUGAUUUAUGUCCCUGUCAUCAGUCACUUCAUUCAAUCCUGUGUAAAACUGGACUCCACUAGUCUGUGUUUAAACCUUGUCUGCUGAAAAACUGCCCACACUUUCUAAUAAGCACCAAGAGGAAUGCUGUAGGUUUAAUUAAAUAGAAAUGAUAGGAAGGGGAGACUGAUUAGGUCAUCCAGUCCUACCAGGUACACUCAGAAGGUCACCUAUCUGCUCGAAACUCACCCUUAGAGAUUCCUCACAUUCCUGAGCUUUAUAAAGAUAUUCAUAGAGGAAGCUACAAAUAGGUAGCCCUUUGUGUGUGAGAGUGUGUGUGUGUUUGGCAUAGAUUUCAGUGACAGAUUAUACAAGACAUUUCUACUUGACUUUGUUGAAUAUUUUUAAAAGACCCUGCUUAUUGUAACAAAGAUUUUUAAGUCUUAAAUGUGUUUGCAUUUUCCGUCAGUGUACAGUGUUGGAUAGCUGAGCCUGCUGUAGUUGCUCUGUCUUGAAACAGAAUGAAAAACUUGUACCGGUUCAUCUCCAAGUUAAUCACUGAGAAAGCUAGUGGGCUAUUUAUGAAACACAAAGCAGAGAAAGAAUAACAAAACAAAAAAUUGGAAUACAGAGCUCUGAAUUUUGGCUAUGACAUUGCAGAAAGCAGGAGAGAUAACAACUGGAGUGUAGUAAAAAACAACAAAACAUGACUACUGAGGCUGAGGUUACAGAUUUUUCAUUAUUUUUGUGACUUAUUCAUAAAACUCUGUGCAGGGAAUUGGAGGACUUGAUAGGAAUUGUAUAAGAACAUAAACACUGAGGCAUAAGGUGAAGAUUGCGACAACCUUUGAAUAAAUGUGUGAAUGCUGUUUUGAAAUGUAAAAAGUGAUACUUUAGAUAAUAGGAUUAUUGUCUAUAGUUUUGUUGUGAUGAUGAGACUCUAACAAUGAAGGGUAGGAGAACAGGUUUGAGAAAACUGACAUCUGAUAGAGGUUGACUUUCUUUCCUUCACAGCAGGAAGUACCAGACAAAUCACUUUUUCAUUCGGUGCUAUCGCCUCAGGGUGAUGUAUCCCCUCAGAGACACCAUAGUGCACCUUUUGAGCCAAAAGCAAUUUUAAGUCUGUUUUGUACUCUGCUUGAGCUGAAAGAAAAUUAGGUGAAAAUCUGUGACAUUCUGGGUAUAUUUAGUUGUUUUUCUCCUCAAAGUUUACCUGAAAAGCUGCUUUGACACUUGUACAUAAAAUCUUUGAAGUUCAGAACCUGGGGACUGUACAGUAAACAGUGGCACAGAUGUGUCUUUAUAAUUAUAGGGUUUAUUUGGCAUUUACAGGGUUUCAUUUCAGUAGGUGAAGAAUUGCCACACCCUCAUGACAGAGGAGAUCAUAUUUAGGUCACUUGAAUAGUUGAGAAAAGUGAACUCUGUGCCAGUUUGCCCUCUAGUCCCAACUGAAUUAUAUGCUUUGGUUUCAUUUAAUCAAGUUACUUUUCUUCUUAGCAGUCCCUGAAUGUACAGUAUCAGUAUCAUCAAAUCGACAAAGACGACCAAAAGCAACAGUCAUUGCGAAAUUAUGAAAUCAGGCCUUGUUUCAUUGUAAAGCUAUGCAGAUAUGUUGCUGUGCCGCUGUACUUACUGUGAGAGCUGUUGUCACGAAAGGAAAAUGUUUGCCAGCACCGCGGCAUGUCUGCAGACAGACAGAUAAAUAUGUGCAUGGAAAGUUUUGAAUCACUAACCAUGACUUUUCUUAGUGAAACGGGGUGUAUUAUAGGCAUUUGGGACUCAGUGAAAGAGUACAACUUGUGUAGAAAUCUGCCAGUGAAGAUAACUCUGUUUGUUUUUCCUGACUGGCUUAGCAAAGUUCAGAAAGGGUGCACACAGUGUUAGUUAUUCAAUUGGCUUAGUUUUCCUCUUUUUUUUUUGCAGGACAUUUCUCUUGCCCCUUUUAUCCUUGAAAACUGAGUGUGACAUCCCCAGUAUUUUAAGGGGGGUUCCUUCUAAGACUAAUGGUUAAUGGUAAAGAAAGUAAAGCAGACCUACAGCCAUGCUUGCAGUAAGCCAUAGAUCCACAUUUAAGCAGAGCUGAAGUUAGCAUGCUGACACUCUCAAAAGAACAUGCUAUAAUUACAUGCUAGGGUCAAAGAAGGUUAUUUUUACCAGGGUCCCUGCUAUCUAAGUGCUCUGGGUUAGCAUGCUAAGUAAGUGUUAGAGCCAGCUGAGGUGGGUGAGGUUAGAGAGUGCAGGUGUAUGGUCAUUCAGAAAAGAAGAACAUGGAUGGAUUGUACUCAUAAACUUGGAAGUGGUUGUGUCAUCAAGAAAUGACCAGAAACAUCCUGAUCUGGAACUCAAGUUUGAAGCCACAGUCGGCUGUCUUUGUUAGGCUUAUUAAACUUUAAAGAUACUCUACCUAGAAAAGGUGUUUCUUUCUUUUAAAUUUAGAUUUCAGGGACAUAUUCUACCCUGCUAAGACUCUCACUUUGGGUUGGCAGCACCUACUCCUUUACACGUGUCCCUUAACUUGCUCUUAUUGAUCUAAUAUGAGCUCAUGGUGUGCCCUUGCUUAUAUUCAACAGGCAUGAGCAGGCCUGAAUAUUUAGCAUUCUCCGACAUUAUUUUGGAUGGUACUUGAUUAUUGCUUAUGGGGAUGAAGAGAGACCUCAGGGCUGUGGAGCUGACAGGGACUACAGAGAUUUUCUUCACCCGUUUUUCCUGUACAUCGCAUAAAUGUUUAUUGUGAGCUGCGACACCACAGUUUUUAAUCCUUGACAGUUUCAUGGGCUGUCUCUUUGGAUUCUCUGUCAAAUUGUUGACAUUUUGCCAACUCUAUGACAUCUUGUUUAAUAGCACAAUCGCACAGCCACCCACAACCAUCCAGGGUUGUAGCUCUGGUCAAUGGGACUCUCAAAGCAAAUCUUUUUUCACAGCUUGAUCACAUUUUUGAUGUUUGUUACGUGUGCUGGUUCGAGGACGUGUUUUGUCUUGCAGUGGAUUAGAGUGAGUGUCAGACGGUGCAGGUUUAACGGAUACUGUGAUUGUUGACCCAGUACCCCCCACACUCAUACCUGUCUCCCUGUCAGCUGUUAUUAUGAGGUGUUUAUGUUACAUUCAUUGAAAACCAAGAGCAUGAAAAUAGUUAAUGUAGCAUGGAGGAUCGGACCAGGAUGCAUUUCAGCACGUGUCCAGUGUACCGAGAGACUGCACAUACUCUCAGUGAGCCUCCAGCCUUUUUCCCACUGUCAUCACAGUGUGUUGGGUUGAGUUUGUGCUGAUUAAAGAGGCUUAAGCACCUGGCAGACAGCACCUUCAGAUCUAGAGAGAAUGUCUCUGCAUGGCUGUCUGCCUGCCGGUGCAAAACAAGAGAGAGAGAGAGAGAGAAAGAGAAAGAGAAAGAGAGAGAGAGGGGCAAGUUAGGGCAGGGAUGUAAGGUGUGUAUGUGUGGGGUAUUUGCUUCUGUUUGAUUCCCAUGAGGCAGUUUAAGGAAGAGUCACAUCAGGUAGUUUGUUAUGUGGCAGGUUAGAAGUUAUUCCUGUUCGGUUAUCUUCACAGAUCUUCAUUUUAAAUUUUUUUUGAAGUUUAGAAAGAAGUUCAGACUGAACCGUAGCCGCCGCCAAGGACAUUUUCUUUUCUCUAGAAGUUUGUGGGUUUACCUUGUUGGAGGCUUUCUUUCGCUACGACAGAGGAGGCUACCCCUGUUGCAGCUAAAGGUUAUCUCUGCUUUUAUUUGAAGCCUCACAGGAAAACAAAAUGGCUACUUCCAAAAAGGAAAAAUCUAAACGAGGUAAAAAAAAUAUCAGGAGAAAAUCCUCAGGCUUUCUUUCUAAUGCUAAUUUGAUUUGCUAAAUUAUGCUCUAAUCUAAAAUGGGCAUCCACGGCUAAAACUUACAAAGUAUUUCCAUGGUUGCAUUUGAUAAACACUCUUCACUGCUGUCUGCGUGACUCGUUUACUGUAGAUGAUGAUAUAACAUGUCUCCUAAACCUCUCUGUCUCUCUCCACCGUCACUAUCAGAACAUCUGUAUUUAACCAAAACAAUCCUGUCAACAGAUGUUUGUUUAUUUAAGAUAUUCUAAGUUUAAUCUGCCAUUAUUUACACACCAUAAACUGUAAUCAUAAUUCCCCUCCGUAUUUGAUGUACUUAAAAUGUUGUUUUCCCUCACUGGAGACUGUCACUUGAAUGAACUGAUGACGCAAUAUCAGAUUGAGUUUGUUUAUCCCAGUUGGAGAUGUAAACAUCAGUUUGGGGUUUAUGCGUGAUCGCUGCUGGCCUAUUAAUACCAGCAGGCUCCCCACAAUCCACCAGUGACAGAUGGCGUCUUAAAUAUGUCGGUGAUUAAUAUGGACACAAUUACAAUGUGAUCACAGCAGCAGCGAUAAUAUGAGCCCCUCAUUAACGUGCAACCGUGCCCCACCCAUCGCUCCAACAACACGCUUCUCCAGUCGAGUGUGUGCUGCCAUGGUAACAAUAUGUGUUGUCCUAGACUGACUCUGCCUUACACUUGCAUAGCAACUUUCUGUUUACAACUACAGCUGGAAGUUUCUACUCAUGCAGGAGAUUCUGUUAGAAUAUUGGUCUUUUUUUCUGCGUUACUAUGGACUGCUUUUUUUUCCUUUUUGGUAAACUUCUCUUGCUUUGAGUCAUUUGGUGGGAUCACCACUCCAGGAAUGUUUUCCAUUUGUUCAGAUAGCACUUGUAUCAUGUCAUGUCUGCUGACGUGAACAAACCCAUUACUCACAGAUUAGUAAGAGGUGGUCUGAUUUGAAAAGACUCAACGAGGAAAUAGUCAUUAAAGUUUGAAAUUUGAAACAGAUGAAGUAGAAAAAGUUUGAAGCUUCCUCACUUGAGACAAAACUUAGAUCCAUGGGUCUUGAUAGCUUAUAGGGAUACAGAUCUCGUCAUCUUCUAUACUCUUACUCAAUCUGAUUUAAUGCUGCUGGAAACAAUAGGGAACAUUUUUCACAUGUGUGACCAUGUGCUGAGGAGCAGCAGGCCUCCUUUUAAACAUGUUUUUAAUCUUGUUUUACAGAGAUUCCUUCAAUUCAAUCACUCCCCCUUGUGGCAGAACAAUUGAAUGUUAUAUCCUGUAAAGAAGUCAGAAAAACAAAAAUGUGCUCUGCAGUAAAAGUUCAGUGUGAUCUUACAAAGAAGUUAUCCACUAACGGCCCAACACUGUCUCAAAAGUGGACAUUUUCUCUGACAACAGCUUUCUCUACGCUUCAGUGUUUACAUCUAUCAUCCCUAUUUGAUCUCUACCCCCACCAACCAAUCCGGGGCAACCUUCCCUACAAACGGGGAGAAACAGUGGGAUGCUGCAUAUCUGUCAGCGAGAGGGGAGGAGAUACAGUAGAGAGGGAUGGCAGGAAUUAGGCUGCCGAGGAUUAGUGUCUGAGCUCUGAUUGACCAUUGGCUGCAGAGACCCUCUCUGCUCCGCAUGGACCUCCACUGACAACAACAGCUUCAUCCAAAACAAGAAAGAUUAUCAACCGAACAUGAUCUUUCCAGGAUGUUUUUUUUUUUGAUUGACAGACUGUAGGCUGCACCUUUUAAUUUCUUUUCUUUCCUUAUAAAGCGUAAAUAUAGUUGUUUUGUACAUUUGGGAAAAAAGUGAGCGAGCAUGGUGUUGCUUUUGGCUAAUAACUCCAGCGCUAACUUUGAUUGCUUUCCAAGAGUCUUCAAGAGGAAAGGUGAGUAAAGCAGCUCAUGCUGAUGCUGUCCAAAGCUGUGAGACUACAUACUUUAUUGUUUUAUGAGUCAAACUUGCUGCUACUGCACAGAUUGUUUGCAUUGCUAUUCAAGUAUGACCAGUAAAAACAGGAUUAACUAGCUCUCCCAACCGGUAAUAAAGUGAAAUUAUAUUGACCAGAGACCAUAAAAAUGUAAUGUUUGCCAUCCUCAGGUUUAAGAUGCUGGAGUUUUUAAGCUGGCGUAGGCAACAAAAGUGUGCUUUUAUUGGAGGAAAAUGGAAUAGUUAAUUUGCAUAACACCUCAUUGAGACUUUUCUACCCCUCUGAGUACCCGCCUGUAAUGCUGUUACAAAAGAGACAGUGGUAACAAUUUGCAGCGAUCACCGAACACAUGACCACGGAGCCUAAUUCCAGCACGGUCUUACAGCGACUGUGUGGGCAGUGGAGUACAGUAGGGGGCUAAAUGCGGAGCAGCUGUCACCAUUACAUAAAAGUGUCUUAGCAGAUUGUGAGCCACGAGAUCCCAGACUACGACCUGGGGGGAACCUCAUGCCGGCACAUGCAAAGUCACUGAAAUGCUUAUAUAGUUAUUUCAUCUUGUUUACCCCUUUUUCAUGAGAGGUGUUUAUUAGGACUUGUGUCUUAAUGAUUCAUAACAUCAGCAGGAUUUUAUCAGUCAGUUAGUGAGGCAAUUAAAGAUUGAAUUGUUGGACUAACACUGAUAAGAUAGGUCAGUAAUGAAAUCAGCGUGCCCCUAACUCAUUAUUUAAAAAUACUUAGGCUCAAGGAAAAAGCGUUAACACAGAGCAUAUGUUGGCAUCAGUAGAUUUUUAGGAGAAUAAUCCUUUAAAAAAGUAAUUGUCAGGGUCACUAGAGUUAAAUCCUGCUUGAGUAGAACUUCUCCUCUGCUAAUUCACACUCUCAUGUCUUUAACCCUUAAAUAUAUUUACUGUUUGAGCACUUUAAGCCUCUGUUAGAUACUUGAACACCUCACGCCAUCCAUAUGGCCCCCCUAUCUACUGUUAUACCAACAAAGAGCUUUGAGUUUAUCCAGGCUGAUCCCUUCUUCCCUCUCUCUACCUCCAGCUGUCCUGAAGCGGGACAACAAUGAUGACAGGUCCCCAGGAACCCCGCUGUUCCAGGAGAACGUGUUCAUCGAGGCCAGCAGACCCCAAUACUUGGAGAACCUCCACACUGAGGCCCUGGAGGGGUUAAAAAUGAUGCAGCAGGAAGGUACAAAACACACCAAUGAUACAAUCUUACAACUGAGAGCUAAUUAGAGGCCAGCAUGUUACGUAAGAGGGUGCGCACAACAAAGAAUUUUAAUUGCAAUUAUAACCUCACGAGUCAAAUGUUUCUCUCUUGACAGAAACCAAUAAUGGAGUGGCGUAUAAGGACAAUGAGAGCACCAUUGUAAGUCAAAUAUCGAACCCAGAGCUGCUGUUUUUACUGCACAUGCACAGUUUUUGCAGGUGUGUUUUGCUUCCGGAUGAUUGUAUGUGUUUGUUUUGUGUUGUUUCAGUCAAAUAUGACGGUGCACACAGAUGGGGAAGGUUUUAUGACAGACAGCACCAUUGCGGAUACCACUUCUGUUGUCUCUGUAAAAUCAUCUGUGUCCACAAGAUCAUCUCGCUCUGGACUCACCCGGCAAGGUAACUUCAACCACGUAAACACUAUUCAGAGCCCAAUGUUUAUUUAACAAGUAAAUAAAUUUUUAGUAAUUAGAAACAGAUUUGAAUUAUUUGAAAAUCAUUUAAACCAUUGAAAUAUGUGUUAUCAAAAUUUGAUAUUGAUUUAGGGUUGAAUGGAUGCUUUCAGGUUCAGAGGAUAAUUUGUUUUUUUGUGCAUAUUUUUGCCUAGAAUCAACUUUCAGGCCCUUGAACUCCGGAAAAAAGUCCAAGACGAGGAGAAAACACAGGAAGACAGUUGCGGGUAUCCCCCAGCAUGUUCAGAGAGAACUGGGUAUACAGCUCAUCUUUAAACUGUUACCUGCAUUAAAUGCAAUUUACACAGGAAACAUACUGGUGUCAGAGAUGGUUGCUGUCUUUAUUAUAGAAAAAGUUCUUAAUUAUCAGUAUGGACCAAAUCUAAUCAAUCUUCAUGUCCUCUCUCAGGCCUGGACAGAGUGGGCUGGACCCUAGCUCAGGCAGAGAAUGAGGGACAGCUUUAUAAUGGUGACACAGAUGAAAGCCCGACCACUGACGGUCUGCAGCAGGCAGUAAUCCAUCCCCUCAGCAAAGAACGGCUGGAUCAGCUCGCUGCCUCCCACGCUGCUCAGGGUGACAGUCUGGCCAUGUUGCACACCCUGGACCCCAAUCUGUCAGCAGAGCAAGGACCUCAUCCCUUGGCUGGCCACUUGAUGACCACCGCCAACAGCCUCCAGCAGGAGCUGCCCAGCCCUGUCAUUACCAUGUCCCCGCAGGCUGCCUACAUGUCUAAGAUCAUCCCCAAUGCUGUCCUACCUCCCUCUAUUGACGUGGUGGAAAUCAGCCGUGGGCGGAGUCGCAACAGUGUCCGCACUGUCAGCAAGAGCAGCCUGGUGCUGUCAAGCCCCGCCCCUUCACGUGCCUCCUCUAGAGCCUCCACAAGAACCACGUCCUCCACUAUUACAUCUGCAUCCCGUCAGAACCCUGUCAUGUCUGACAGUUCAUGUUGGAGCAACUCUGAGUCUUCAGAGACGCUAGUGUCCGACUCCUCCACCAUUUCCAGUAGCAGCACCCCCCGACAAAAGGGGUCUCAGGACGGAAACGUGUCGGCCAGAGAGGACAAAAUCAGUGUCCACUCAUCCAUCAGCAAGGCCUCAAGAGGCACCUCUAAUGGCAAGCUCAUUAGUAAAGGGAAGCAGGGUAGUAAAGAGGGGUUUGCGCGAAGCCUCUCUGUUAUGAAGUCAAAGAAGGCUCCUCCUCCUCCGAGCCGCUCCUAUUCUCUUCACAACAAGAUGAAGAGACGGUCACGGGACUUGGCAGACAUUAGGAUUGUUCCUGGAGAGGAAAGCGAUAAAUACAAACCAGGAUCCUCUCCUAUGCCAUCAAAAACUAUCGACAGUCCUGGAUACAAUGCUGACACCAGUUCUCUGGAUGAAUCAACAGGUUCUGCGUCGAUCAGUCCCAUCAGAGCUCAGCUGAAUACACUGAAAGAGGUGGAAGCUACAAAGGUGGAUGAAGGAGACUCCAAAGAUGCUACACAAGAGCAAAGCAAAAUAGUCUCCCCGUCCAGCGGUUACUCUAGCCAAGAGGGCACAUCGACUCAGUCCUUAAAACAGUCCCACAGCUCAUCUCCAAGGCACAAGAGAGGCCUCUUGGCGAAGCUACAAAGGCUUUUCCCUGGGUCGUCUUCUUCUGCCUCACCCCCACCACCCCUCACACAACCAGACCCUCCCGAAACCACAAAACCCACCCAGGACGCCACCACCGUUGAUGCUGCAAGUCCUUCUGUAAGGGCCUUGAGGGAACUCUUCAACAUCCCUCCACAUCCUAAAGUCCAUGCACCCCCAGCUCCACCCCCAGAGGUGUGGGUUCACAGCAGGCGGUCCAUUGAGUUGCUGCUGGGACCUCCAGUGCCUGAUGACAUAUAUGCUAUCAUCAAGAAGAAUCCAAAAGACAGGAGGCAACAUAGGCAGUCUCCUUCUGCAUCCACAGAGGGCUCAGUGAAAGUGGAAAGAAAGCACAAGACAGAGACGAGAAAGGUUCAAGAAAGUGUGACUUUGAAUGCAGAGGUUCACAAAGAGAACACUGACAGGCUGGCCGAGCAGAGUGUUGAUCUGAAAGUGACGGAAAAAGACGAGAAGGUUCGAGCAAGUGACAUUUUGAGCGGGCUGUUAGCGAAAGCAGUCGUGAGUCGAGAAGAACGACUCGCAGCAAGAGAAGGAGAGAUGAAUAGGAGCUCCACCCAAACCCCACCUGUCAUUUCAUUAGCAUGCGUCCCUCCAUCCCCAUCAUCCUCCACCAAAAAGACCACAGAGGUUGUGUCCCCUGAGUCGUCCUGGCCUCCACCCCCACCACCCAUUGGACAAAUUGUCAUUACCGAUGAGAUGGAUUUCCCUCUCCCACCUCCGCCCAUGUUUGGUGAGGGGCUAAUCCUUCCUGUUCAGGUACCAGCAGAGAGUUCCACUCCUAGUGGGGACCCUUCAUCCACAAGUACACCCCUGAAUAUCCCACCUCCCCCAUCAUAUACAGCCCCACCUCCGCCGGUUGGAGCAAUGACUCCUGGAACUCUCAAGAGACUCUCUCCACUGCCACCAAUACAAGAGGUUCCUACCUCGCCACCACCUGUGGAGAUUUCUCCUCCUCCUCAACCACCUGUAGUGGUUUCUCCAGCUCUGCCACCACCACCUCCCAAUGAGAUUCCUCCUCCACUACUGCCUAAAGAAGUCACCCCUCGUCCCCCACCACCUAUACAAGUUAUUCCACCUCCACCACCUAUAGAGAUUCUCCUCCCACCCAAAGAAGCUACUCCACCACCACCUAAAGAAGUUAUACCACCUCCACCACCUGUAGUGGUUUCUCCGCCACCCAAAGAAAUGACUCUUCCCCCACCAACUAAAGAAUUUAUUCCACCUCCACCACCUGUAGUGGUUUCUCCUCCACCUCCACCGCCGAUAGAGAUUUCCCUUCCGCCCAAAGAAGUAACUCCUCCACCACCACCUAAAGAAGUCAUUCUUCCCCCUCCACCUACAGAAGCAUCUCCACCACCACUUGAAGUAAUUAUUCCUCCCUCUGAACCCAACAAAGAUGUCUCCACCACACUUGUUACGGCGGUAUCUCCUCCACCUCCUCAAGAAGCUCCCCCUCCACCAGCCAUCCCACCCCCCUCCCUGCUUUCUGAAGAGGUCUCCACUCUGUCCACUGAUGAGGCUCCUCCAUCCUCUCAAGAGAGUGCUCUUGAGUCCUUAGAGGAGACACCAUCUGUUAGCACCCUCACUCCUCCACAAAGUAUCCCUCCUCCACCCCCUAUAACUGCACAACCACAGCAGGAGAAUGAGACACCGCAGGAGAUGGUCUCAUGUGAACCUGAAUCUAGUCACAGUAUUCUCGGUCCACCAGAGAGUAUCCCACCUCCACCUCCUGUGCAGCCUCAACCUGUGGAGGUACACCAGGAGACCCCUGCUCCACCCCAGUCUGAAGCCUCCACCCCGCCAGCUCCCGAAAAAGUUGAGGAGCCUGCACCCUCUGCACCAGCAACCAUUCCCUUACCUCAAUCUUUACCCAGUGUGGAGCCCCAACCAACUCCUCCAAGUACAGAAGAACAAGCUCCAGAGCAAACAUCCACCCCUGUAGUGCAGGAGGAACCCACUCCCAUUAUCACCCCCUCUCUCCUGCAGAUGGUAAAGCUGCGAUCUGUCAACAGCAGCCCUGAGCCUCCCAAAGCCCCGGAGCAACCUGAAGAGGAGGUAACCCUUAGGAAACAGGUCCCAGCUACAUCCACCAAUGGCGAAGCUCCUCAGAAGCCCAUCAGAAAGUCUCUGAUCCUGACCUCACCCCCAUCCCCCACCUCCAGUUCUCCACCGGCAGCAGUGGCUUCACAACCAGCACUGCCUAAUUCCCAGUCUCUUGUGAUUCCACCCACAUCUACAUCCCCUACUAAGAAGUCUCCUCCAGCUGCGUCUCCCUCCAUGAACCUGCAGGAAGCCAUACGCUUGAGGACAGCAGCCAGAUCCAAGGAGAACCCCCCAUCUCGCCUCAGCCUGCACUCACCGACUUCACCCCUAGACCUGCGCAAGUCUCCUUCUAGCACUGCCAGCUUCAUCUUCUCCAAGAGCAACAAGAGGGUGGUGAUCGAUACGAAACCGGUGAUGGAGAAGAAGAAUGUGGAGAGUGAAGCAGGAUCUGGUAAGAAGGGAGUCAAGGUGCCGCCACCUGUUGCAAAGAAACCCAAAGCUAAAGGCAAAGAGACAGAGACUGGUGAAGGGAUGGAGCAAACUGCAAGUCAAGAGGCCCAGCAGGAAGGACAUGGUAAGAGAGGUCAUCUGUUUUGAAUUAUGUACAUCAAUUAAUCCAUUUUUAUUUAUACUGCAUCAAAUCAUGAAGUUAUUCUGAGCAGAUCUACAGCAGACUCUCUAACAACACUUGAAAAGUACCUACAUUAUCCCACUAUGACCAAAGUCACACAUCAGCCGGCUAACAUGCUCACAUUGGCACUCUGUCCACUAUGAAGCAGUUCUGCUUUUACUGAUACUGUCUCUGUUUUCUCCAUCCUCAGAUGGUGCAGACAAACCCAAUGGAACAGCAGGUACUGUUGAAUAAGGAGGAACACCAUCCAAAUGUUGAAAAGACUUAAAGGAGACCGAGGAGAGACUCUGAUGACACUGAAUUAGCUGCAAAUUGGUGUGAGCAACUACAGAUGGAUCUGGAUUUAUGACAUGUUUGGUUUAAAUGUGGAAAAGUUGUGGAAGUCCUUGGAUUUUGAUGUUCACGGUGUGGGUAUUAUCUUUCUCAAACACUCAUUUUGUAUUUCAGAGUAAAUACAGAGAUUUUUUUUUUUUGCCUGAGGGUCUGCUGAGCUUUAACGUUGCAAGAGAUGGGACUACAGCGCCCUCUUGUGUCCAACAAUGAUUACUCUUCUGUCCUGCUGAAUCAGAGCUUUUAGCCAGUACUCUAAUAAUGGGACUUCUGGGGCGCUCAUGUAAAUAUAUCAAAAGUUUGUACAUUUAAUAUUUCUGAUAACAGUGGAUCUGUGCUGCAGUCCUAUUCUGUAUUUUUGUUUUCCAAAAGAGCUUCCACACAUGAAAAAUAUUAAUUAUCUUAAGUUAUUUCCUGUUUCUCGUUCAGAGGAGGGUCUGUACUGACGUCUUUUUUUUAUGUCUUAAAUCAUUCAAAGAAAAUUGAAAUGUAUUGCUCUUAAUCUUAAAUGUGUUAAAUAUCCCACUUAAUUUUUCACGAUUAAACAAUGUGCAUGACUUUUAGUUUUACAAAAGACGAGAUAUGCAAAUGCAUCACUAGAAUUGUAUUUUGAUGCACAUUUUCUGCUGCUUUUAGUUCCUGAUGACAGAGGUGAUGCCUUUCUUUACAGUCACAGCUCAAACAGUGGGAUGUUCCUGUUUUGAACUUUAAUAUAUAUAUGAAGCUGGAUUCAGAAACUAAUGUCCAAAAUGAUUAUUCAUAAUGGAAAGAAUAAAGAUUUAUUCAAGGAUUGUCUCAGAUGAGUGUCUUUUUUUUUCCUAUUAAAAUUACUUAUUUUUAAUCACUUAAUCAUAAAGCCAUCAUUGGUUUGAUAUCUACCAGUGUGAUCCCUGUUUAGUUUGGUAAUUAAGAGGCAUUUGGACCUGACUUUCUUAAUGUCUGUAAAGCUGAGGUCUGUCAAUAAUAUAAAUAUCUUCAAGCUAACUGCUCCUCUUGUGGUUGAAACUUUUUGAUCUAUUUUAAUUCACUGUUUUGUUCAAGCUUCCUUGAAUCAGAUUUUUUUUCUGACAGUUGAAUUAAACUUUUGUCUUCUCAUCGAAGUUUGUAUGAUCAGACUCAAUGAGCAUUCCUUUGUUUUCCAUGGUUUUAAUUGUCAGAGAUACAGUUAAAUGUUCAUUUUACCAAAACAAAUUAUCCAUAUUGUAUGUUUUAAAAAUGACUGAAGAGACCAUCUUUUGCAUUUUCAUGUUUUUAUUGAAAUGAGACCUCUUUUUCGGAGAGUUAUGAAUGGAGAUUCGUUUAACUAAUGCUACCUCCAUGAGAAAUACCAGAUCUGCUCCUUAUCAUCAUCAUCUCUUUUCCACUCCACCUCUGCAGCUAUCGUUCCUAUAUCUUCUUCAUCGCCACCUGACUGCUUACUGUUGUCAUCCUCAUUCUCAGAGACAGGCGGCUGCUGUAACUCCGUCUGCAGGUUUGCCUGUAAUGGUAACAUUUUCUCCAACUCCACCUGUUGACGUAACACCUCAGCUUCCUUCUGUCCGUCAGAGAUCCCAUCUUCUCUUUCUUCCUCUUCCUCCCUCUCUGAAACCACCUCUCCUUCCAAAUGCCCAGAUCCUUCAUCCUCAAACAGGUUUGCAUCACUUACUUCAGGCUCCUCCUUCCUCUCCACUAAGACGUUCUCCCUAAAACCUGACUCAUCUAAAUCAGAUUCAGCAGUUUCCUCUGAGAUAACUUCACUAUCCUCCUCUUCUUCUUCAUAUAAGUAUACAUGACCAUCCUCAUCAUAGUUCACUACAUCCACUUUUUCCAGCAGAUCUUCAUAACUGUGCAGCUCAUCAAUGUAAUGACUGAUAAUGGCCAGGCCGUCUCUGCUCCU